AUUAAUACACUGAUAUGCACACAAUUGAGUUAAUUUCUUCCCUCAACAUGCCAACAUAUUCAACCAAUUAUCUCCCUGAGGAGCUUGUAAUCAAAAUUCUCUCAUCUUUGCCCGUAAAAUACGUGCUCCGAUGCAAACUGGUCUGCAAGCUAUGGCUAUCCAUUACUCUAGACCCCGACUUUAUCCGAACUCAUCUCAAAUUCUCCCAGCAAAGACCUUCAGUGCUGGCAGAAGCUGUAUAUUAUGACAUGCAAGGCUCUUCUUAUGAGAUUGUCUCGAUGAUCUCGAACUCCUUUGAAGAUUCUGUCAAUGUUCCUCUGCCCUCGUCGUAUUCAGAUCCGGAUCAUAUUUCCUCUUCGUGUAAUGGCCUUGUGUGUUUAAACGAUUACAACAAUUCUAAUAUAUACAUUUGGAACCCGUCGACAAGACAGGGGAAAGAGCUCCCUCGCCCGAAAAUUCAAGACCAUUAUAUGGUUUUAAUUUGCAUAGGGUUUUAUUUCGACUCUGUCUCCAAAGACUACAAAAUUUUGAGGCUUGUAUUUGCAUAUCCACGCAAGAAUGCAAGACAGACGAGAUCAAGUCUACGAGUGGAGAUUUAUUCCACGAAAUCUGAUUCUUGGAGCGAGAUUCAAGUUGAAGAUGCAGAUAUAAGCUCUGUGAACUAUGGUCGAAACAUAGGAGGUGUAACAAGUGGUCCUGUUAUAAAAGGGGUACUAUAUAUGACAAGUAACAAGGGGCUAAUCUCAUUCCGAUUGAAUAAAAGGGUGUUAAAACGAGUUCCGUUGCCUAGUAAUUUUAAAAUUAAUUAUGAGACCGAAGUUUUUGAAUAUGAAGGGUGCGCGGCUUUAAUCUUGUACCACAAUAAUGAGGAAUCACUUAGUUUGUGGACAUUAGAUGAUGAUGAUGAUAAUUGGCGUCGAGGGAUUUGGACACAGAAGUUGAAUUUAGAAGGUGAUAUUAGGAUGAACUGGUCAAGCAAAUACUUUGGCGUUGGACAACUUGUUGCAUGGAAAGAUCAUAGAACAAUCAUCAUGUAUGACUAUAACAAGAAAGAGGCCAAGGAGCAUCGACUUCAACUUCCAAGUAACUGGUACAUUGAUUCAUUUUUCAGGCAUACUGAGAGUCUUAUUUCUCUCGAGGGGUUUGUUAACGGAGGAAUUUGGUAG